CCUCCACACUUUCCUUAUUCAAGAUGGCGGCCUCCAUGGGUUGGCGGUCGCUGAGGCUCCAACGGCUGCUCCACAGCGAGGCCUCUUCGUCCUCCUCUUCCGUGGCCGCCGCCGCCGCCUCGCCUCCGUCCCUGUACCCUCCGGUGGUGGCCUCCCUGACGGCCAAGAGCCAGGCGGCCAAGCUGCGCCGCCGCCAGCGCUACCACCAGGAGAUCCACGAGGCGCCCUCGGCCCAGGAGAAGCUGCGCCUCUACGGCAAGCGGCAGCGGCUCAAGUACGUCGUCUACCCACAGACCUGGGCCCUCGGCGCCGACCGCUGGUACCAGAGCUUCACCAAGACCGCCUUCGAGCCGGGGCUGCCCGAGGCCCUGGGAGCCGGGGGCCCGGAGGACCUGCUGGACGAGCUCCGCUCCGCCGCGUGCGACGUCCUCCUCCAGGAGCACUUCUACCAGAGGAAGAGGAGGCUCCCGCCCUCCAGCGACCAGGGCCCCGCGCCCUUCCUGACCCACCUGGUGCCCGCCCUCACCGCCCGCCUCGCCCGCCUCAACCCCGUCCUCCACGCCGACGCCUCCACCGUAGAUUAUCAGCCAGAAGUAAAUUUCUAUUGGAUGCGUGGUGAGACAGUGGUUCCACGUGGACAUCGGAAGGGCAGAAUUGACCCACUGAGAUUUCAGAUCGAUGAUAAACCCCACUGUCAGAUUCGUAUAACAAGGCAGCUUUCAGAGUUUAUGCCUCUGGAUUAUGUGGCCCCUGGAGAGAUUCCUGUUAUUAAUGUUUUACCUGAUAAACUUCCAUUGUUCAAAAGACAGUAUUACAACAAAAUAUUUAUAGGAUCGCAGAUAGCAGAUCCAUGCACCUAUGGACAUACACAAUUUCAUUUAAUUCCUGACAGACUGAAAAGGACUAGACUUAUAGCACAGAAUUGUGCAGAUCAGAUUGAAGUUCCUUUCCGUGCUAAUGCAAUUGCAAGUCUUUUUGCUUGGACUGGAGCACAAGCAAUGUACCAAGGAUUCUGGAGUGAGGCAGAUGUGACGCGGCCCUUUGUAUCACAGGCUGUGAUUACUGAUGGAAGAUAUUUUGCCUUCUUUUGUUACCAAUUGAAUACCUUGGCUUUAACUGUUGAUGCUGAUAAAAAUAACCCAAGAAAGAAUAUUUGCUGGGGAACUGAAAGUAAACCUCUGUAUGAAGCAAUAGAAGACAACAAUGUGAAAGGUUUUAAUGAUGAAAUUCUGGUUCAGUUGGUUAAAUUGCUCUUAAACAGACCAAAGGAACUAUAACUUAAAAUUCAUAUAAUCUGAAUAAUCUAAAGAUGCUGAAACAAGACUUAAUGCUUAAAGUAAAAACAUUUCCCAACUGUUGAAAGUGCAACACUUUUUAGUACUAUUCAGGGACAAAUCUGUUUGGGAUGAUUGAGAAUUGUAUAACAGCACUGACAGUGCUGUUAAUUGCUUUGGAUUAUGUACUUGUUAUGUAUGCAGACACAACCUCAUUGCCAUUCAAAUGAAAUUUCAAGAUUAA